UGCGCCCCCGCUAACAUCUGUCAUUUGGUCAACUUCGUAGAAAUUUUUCGUGAAAUUUUGUAUUUUCUCCUCAAAAAGCAACAUGUUGCACCGCAGCUCGUUGUUUGCAAGAAAAGCAAUUAGCAAUUUCGUCAGAAAUCAUGGACAUGGAGGUGUUCCCGGAGAGAAUUUGCCCUUUGACAUCAGCAAUAGGUAUAAGUUGACAGCCCUCUUCAUUGCAUUCUUUGGGUCUGGAUUUGGGGCUCCUUUCCUCAUCUUGAGACACCAACUUCUCAAGAAGUAAACUAGUUAUGGGCUGUAGUCAUGAUAGGUACAAUUUUUAUUUGUAAGUACUAAAAGCGGAUUAAAUAAAGAAGUUAUAAAUCGUA